AUGUCUUCAGAAGUAUCGUUAGAUGGACAGGAAAGACCAAAUUUUUUACGCCGCGCGGGAAAAGGCUGUUUGAAAGCUGCGUGUUCGCAAAUUGGCUUAGUUAUUUUGGUUAUUAUAUACGUUCUUCUUGGUGCUGUGCUGUUUGAGUACUUGGAGUCAGGACCUGAGGUGGUGAAACGGUCAGCCAUACAACGUUCGCGGGACGAAUGCCUAAAGGAGCUGUGGGCAAUCACAGGUUAG